AUGGCUUCCAUGGUAUCUCGGGUGGGUUUGCCUGCUCGGUCCUUCCGUUCAAACAAGGCCAUCGGAUUAUUCACUCAGGCCCGCAAUGUCUCCUUCUCCUCGUACCUGGUGACCCCUAACCAGCUCAACGAGGCUCUGAAGAAGAACCCCCCGACCAAGAUCUCCACAUCGCCUAGAGUGAUUCCUCUCUGUGCAGCAUGGUUCAUGCCUAAUGACCCCGAGGGUCGCACUGGAAUCGAAUCCUUUCGUCGGUCUCGGAUCCCCCAGUCUCGCUUCUUCGACCUUGACGUAGUCAAAGACCAUGACUCGCCUUAUCCGCACAUGCUGCCUACUUGCGAGACCUUCGCAGAGGCCAUGAGCGAUCUCGGUAUUCGCCGCGAUGAUGAGAUCGUGGUUUACGACACUGCCGAGCUGGGCAUCUUCAGCGCUCCGCGCGUGGGCUGGACCCUGCGCGUGUUCGGCCACUCCAACGUGCACAUCCUGAACAACUACCGUCUCUGGGUCAAGGAGGGUUUCCCCACCGAGAGUGGUGAACCGGCACCUGUGGAAAAGUCCAAGUAUCCCGUCCCCACCUACGACUCGAAGCUGGUGAUUUCCUUCCGCGAGAUGAAGGAGCUUGCACUGGACUAUGGCAAGGAGGGUGCCGAGGAGAUCGAGAUCCUAGAUGCUCGUUCAUACGGCCGCUGGGCUGGCACUGACCCUGAGCCACGCCCGGGCCUGCCUUCGGGCCAUCUGCCGGGCUCCAAGAGCAUGCCGUUCCAGGAGUUCCUCGAUCCGGAGACCAAGACGUAUCGCUCUCCGGAGGAACUGCGCAAGAUAUUUGAGGAACGGCAAAUUAAUCCCGAGCGCUCGAUUAUCAGCUCCUGCGGUACUGGCGUGACUGCCAGCAUUAUUGAGACGGCCUUGGGCGAAGCGGAAUAUGGAAGCCCGAAUCUGCGUCGGGUAUACGACGGCAGCUGGACUGAGUGGGCACAGCGGGUCAAGGAAUCGGAUGGUCUCAUCAAGAAGGUGAAGCAAUAG